AUGUUUUACGAGACCACACCCACUGGCUCAGUACUGUUGCUAAUGGCUAGUGGUCCUGGAAAAGACUAUCAACCAGUGAAGAGGGAGGAACACUCCACUGUACGGGUAGGAGACUACCUGUAUAUGUGGGGUGGGCGGGACCAGCCUGGUCUUCCAACAGUACAUAAUAAUGAAAAGAAGAAAUCAAUGUGUUCUGUCAUGGAGGUGUACCACUUGGUUACUGGUAGGUGGGAGCAGAAACCCACCACCGGUAAUCCUCCACUGGGUGUUUGGGGCUAUGCAGCUGUUGCCAUUGGAAAUGAAAUAUUUUAUUUUGGAGGCUAUUGUGGUCAUGAUCAAUGCCAUCAUAAUAGUUUAUACAGUUUUAGUGUUGAUAACUUCAACUGGAAGGAACUCUCUCCUACUACAUCUCGUCAUGGUCCUGUGAUGAAGUACCACUGUGACAUGAUAGUAAUAAAAGUCAACGGUGAGGACUAUCUUGUAGUAAUUGGAGGAGAGGGAGAAGAG